AUGCACUCCAUAUCCGCUUGGAAGCUGGCUCGAAGACCAAACUACAUUACUAAUAAGGACAAAACUUACCCUUACUCCGAGGUGCCUUAUUUGGGAGAAUACAACUUAGUGAAGAUACCGCUCUCACUCAACAACUUGAUAGAACAUGUGGACUACUGGGGCGAAGGCAGGAUUACUACCACAGCCGGCAUUAGCGGCUUCUCGGAUUGUUAUAACGUCAACCAUGUGUAUCAACUCGUGAGCAAUGGUGCUGACCGCGACAGGAAAAUACCGAAUAGGAUCCCAGUCGUUAAUUACACAAACUGUGAUACUAGCAGCUACAUCAAGGACAAUUCAGUCAAAACCGUCACGAUCAUGGGAGCUCCUAUCAACACCAGUUGUGCUAAAGACAUUGCGCGUAUGGUGAAUUCCGACCUCGGCCAAGUUAUUACGUAUGGAUUUGAAAGGGAUUCUCAAUACAGUAAAAAUCUUGUAAACGAAUUGAAUAAGAAAGCUAUAUUUCACUGCCCGAAGUACACCUUACCAGCUGGGCUCCGAGGCUUAACUUUAUUUGACAGCGAACUUGCAUUUCUUAAUCUGACGGCAGUAAAAGACCACCUUUAUAACAACAUCGCUACAGGAUCUUACGAUGUUGCCCUGGAUUUGACAAAAAAUAUGAAUAACGACACUGGAAGGCCAGCCAUAGGUGAAGUUGUUAACAAACUUAUACGUGAAGCUAAGCCUAAUGUCAUGGCAUAUGCUUACAAACUAUGGAACAGUGAAGAUAGUCAAAUUAUCGGCAACAGUUUCCCAGCUGCCUUUAACCUUAUUUUUAAGGGAGACGCCGUAACAAUUACGAAUAUGGAAUACCAACAAGCUUUGAAAUUAAAUUCAGACGUUGAUUCUCAUAAUGAUAGAUUUGCUUCGGGAGAUCGUGCUGAUAAAACAAGUAAAAACGUCAGUUGGAAGUUCCUGCCUAUGUGGGUAAAUGGUAACGUUGUAUUUAAAAUGUGCAAUAUGGAAAAUAACAUGUAUUUAAAAUUAGAUGCCGAAACUGAUAGUUUGGGAGAUAGAAAAGCAUUGGGUUCCAGCAACGACAAUGAGACUAACCAUCAAUAUUUUGUUGAGCCACUCAUGAAAGAUGAAACUCUAGUGUUUCGUUUAAUAAAUUGCGAACAUCACCAGGCAUUAAAGAUGGAUGUAAAUGUAGACUCUAAUGGCGACAGACUACUUUGGGGUCACAACGGCGACCCUCGUGGCCAAAACAACACCUUAAAUUGGGUUAUUUAUGAUAACACAAAGGUAUGGGAAAAGGGGAUUAUAGAAAUAUAGAUAACAGAAGUUACAUACACCUUAAUUGAAAAAUGACUGUGCAUAAAUAAAAAACUGUGAUAAAAUA